UUUUAAAUGCACAUGUUUGUAUAUGAAUUUGUAGAUUAGCACAUGAGAAUGGAUCAGUGAGAUUCAUAGCUUUGUAGUCACGUGGUAGUACUAGUGAGGUUCAGGACUCCAGGUUACGACCAGGUUAGGUAUUCUGCUCUGCUCAGGCAACGAGUCACGGUCUGCAGUGAGCCUCUAAUAUGUUCGCGACGUUAGACCUCGACAUCAGACCGGGAUCUGGGAUCGGGAUGUUCGAGCUAGGUACUUCCCUUUGGGCAGUCAUCGACAUGUUACGCGGACUUCAACAUCUAUUCCCUCAGGUCGAGGUCAAAUUCGAUCCAGACAACUCGGCAACGACGCCAGUCAUUCUCCACCUUCGUCCUCAUCUGGACCUCUUGUUUUCUGGGUACCACCAACGCCUCCAUACCAUCUGCGUAAGGAAACUUAGGGAGCCUCAUCCCCCAGUAACGCUUCGCUACAAAGAUACAGUCGUAUCGUCAUCUGCAGAACCUUUGGUUAGAGUACAUGUUAGCCGGACCUUCGGUCCAACUUACCCAGGAGAUGAGCUAAAGUACCCUGGUAUAUGGUUCAGCUUCGAUGACGACGGUGUCAAUGAAGGAUUCAAAGGAGGCAUUACACAUCUAGAGCAACGAACGCAAGAAGUAAAGCGCAUCUUCGUGGGGCAAAAAAGCGUGGAUGGAGAGGAGCGCGAUGCUUUGGACGAGGUAUUACAGUGUCCAAUCAUGCGCGGUGACAUUUCCAAUGCGGUUAUCAAGAUACAUGACGGCGUGCAUUUCAAUUUCUACUCUUCUCCCUUGCUUCUCCACGUUCGCAUCGGCGAAACUACAGCCCAAGACCUAACAAUUGAUCUUGGACCUCCCUCUCGAGUUCACCACAAGGAGGACGAACGAAUGACCAUUCACUCACCUAACCUACAGCCUUCUGAAGACGAUGGCAGCACUGACUAUUUCUAUAACUACUUCCACCACGGUGUGGAUUUUCUAAUAUCUGGCCAGACUCAUGUUGUGCGAAAGAUCAUCGUUCAUUCGAAUGUGCCCGGCUCUCCGCUCUUUCAGCGAUAUAAACGAUGCCCCUGGCAGUUGGAGGGCAAACCCGAAGACGACGAAGACGGUACUUCGUCUCAUUUUCAUUGUUCGUAUCCGGACUCAUCGGAGCGUGAUCCAGAUUCGCCUCCCCGCAAGCACUUUUAUGACAAGUUCGAGAUGAUCAGCCACUUUCUUAGUCCUCGAGACCCGCCACCCUCCAUGCUACUCGACCGCACGGAUGAAUAUGAUAACAUCACGCUGCCUAGCUCAACAACUCGCUUGUACGGUUAUGACGGUGUAAUUUUGGAGGUGAAUGAAGCAUCACAAGUUGUAACUGUUAUGUUAUUUUGAACUUUGAUAUCGACCCUGUACUAAGGAGCAUGGUAUUUCCCUGGAUCCAUGUAUUUGUUUAAC